AUGUCCUUGCCGUUUGGUGAAGAAAAUGGGAAUGUUGAUGGAUCAGGACAGCGAAAUGGUAUAUUGGUACCUGCUAGGAAGUGUAGUGGUAAUGGAACAAUGACACAAAAAUUGAUGCGAGAAGAAAGUACCGGUAGUGUGGAUAGGGAACGAACAAGCGGUACUUCAUCCAGUGAUCAUCAUAGUCGGCGACGAUUAUCCCGUAGUACUCGACUAGUUAUUAUGCUAACAAUGACAUUCGCAUUUUUUGCUGUUGAACUAGCAUUUGGAUAUUUGUCACAUUCAAUGGCACUUAUCGCAGAUUCAUUCCACAUGCUUAGUGAUGUUAUGGCACUGGCUAUCGCUUUUGCUUGCUUAAGAAUUGCAACCCGUUCAACCAAGAAAAAUACGUUUGGUUGGGUGCGUGCUGAAGUACUUGGUGCUCUGAUCAAUGGUGUAUUUUUACUUGCCUUAUGUUUUUCAAUAUUGAUCGAAUCACUUACUCGACUUAUCGAGCCACAAGCAAUCAAGCAACCGAUCAGUGUACUUGUUGUUGGUGUUAUUGGGUUAUUUAUCAAUCUGAUUGGAAUGUUUAUGUUCCAUAGUCAUGCUCACGACCAUGGUGAAAGUGGUAAAGAUGCUCAGGCGCAACCGCAAGUAGGUCGGCGACAAACUCAUGUAACUAUUGAUGGUAACGAAAGUCAACAUUUAAUGUCUUCCCAUCAGGAGGCAGCAAUGGCUAUUGCAAAUUUUCAAGAAGUUCGUCCAGAUGAUUCUGAUCUUAUGGCACAAAACCAUAUGAAAAUCGAUAAAAGUAAAGAAAAGAAGAGAAAAAGAUUAUCGAAGCAAUUAAAUAUGCACGGCGUCUUUCUUCAUGUAUUGAGCGAUGCAAUUGGUUCAGUUAUUGUUAUCGUUACGGCACUUGUUUGUUGGCUUGUUCCUGAUCAAGAAGCUCUCAAAUUAUAUUUGGAUCCUACUUUGAGUUUGGCUAUGGUUGCUUUGAUGAUUGCAUCAACAUUUCCACUUGUGCGUGAGACGGCUCUAAUUCUGAUGCAAACUACUCCUGGUUUCAUUGAAGUUGAAGAAAUCAAAAAAGAAUUGCUCAAAAUUAAAGGAAUAGAAGCGGUGCAUGAAUUCCAUGUUUGGCGAUUAGUGGGUGAACGAAUUAUUGCUACAGUCCAUAUCAAAUUCGCCGAUCUUAAAGCAUAUUUGGCAGCUGCUGAUGAAAUUCGUACAUUGUUUCAUAAUAAUUGCAUUCACAGUACCACUAUACAACCUGAAUUCUCAGAGAUGGCAAGCGCUUUGGGAAGAAAUGGCACUAAUUGCGCAUUAGCUUGUCCGCCGGAGAACUGCAGACGAAAUAAUGUAACGUGCUGCAAAAGAACUCUAGAAGGCAAUUAUCUUUCUUCGAAUCAUGAAUCAACCGUAUGUUUUUAA